CCGCGCCUCGCCGCCCAUCUGACUCUAAUACAUCCGCCAAUACCCAGCCUAAGCUAACGGCGGCGCGCGUUGCAACGCCCCUCUCCCCCUCCACUUUGGCAUGCAUACAGUACACAAAGCCUUCUUCCAAGGGGACCGGACCCCUCACUCGGGCACUGGGCCGGGCCAAGAAAAAAGAAGAGCGGACGUUGGUUUGCCCCUCCUCCUCCUACACUGUCUCGCUUUGUCCCGCGGCAGCCUAGCCUCCCUCUACAGUACGCACAGCCCUGUGUGAAGGAAGGGGUCUUGAACCUUUCGAUUUCUUUUGCUGCUAUACUUGGGGAUAUCGAAACCUGGGGGAAGCAGAGAUCUCAUUUCUUCGUUCUUUUUCUUCAGCCGUAAAGGUCACGCCCGCGCUCCGCUCUCCACACCCACUUGCACACAACCCAGCCCCCAAAAAGCGACACCAAGCAUAUAAUACCGCUCUCUCUUUUUUUGUUGUAUUUUUGCCGCUGCAUCAGAAGCCAUUUCUACACAUCACAGACACCAACACGCGGUCAAGUGACGUCGACGGAUGCUGCAGGUCGCAGCCGCCUCGUCCAGCCAAUCCCACGCCACCUGAUUGCAAUCAACGCCCUCUCACAGGCUCGCGCGCCGCUGCUCUAUUUCCCUUAGCUGCAUGCAUGAACCGCUUUUGCUGCCACCCACAUCGCCAGCAUCGCGCAUUCGCUAGUCUCUCUGCUUUCAAAUCACCUCGUACUCAUUGGUCAGGCCGCCAGGGAUCCGCAGCACCGUUCAAUGACAGGUCAACUUAUACUCUUCUCCGGGUAACUUGUUCCGCCUGCUGCUGGCGUAGCCGAACCGGGGGGGAAGGGUAAUAGCCUGUGUGUACAGGCAUUGUCAUUUCAGCUCGGCUCGGAGCUUGUAUCUCCUUUGUUCGACUGAGCCUGACUGCCUGAUUUGUUUUGCUUGCAACUUCUGCGGCUGGCUUUACUGUUGUUUGCUUGCUACCUACGUAGACCACACGCCGGUCAGACACCGAGACACCAGGAAAAAAUAUCAUAGGCCGUUCUUCUUGUUGAAUGCGUGCUUCCGCCGCGUGUUGCCCAUAGACCAGCAUUCAGAGCAGCACAGCAAAACGGCCCAUCAUGACUCAAGACGCCAGCUUGUCUGUCGUCAACGCGCAUCCCAAGCGCUUUCCAGGCGUGUAUCUGCUUCAUCAGCUAGUCUCCAAGACCAACAGUGAUCCUGCGCUGGAGCACUUGCAGCAGCAGCAGCAGCAGCAGCCUGAUGAACACGACAACGCGACCUUUUCUACUGCUACCUCAACUACUACUACCACCAUUACUACCUAUGCUGAGCUUCAUGAUGCUGCUGAUAGACUCGCAGUGCGCAUCGCCAGUCUCUGCCAUGGGGAGAAGCGUAUAGUCCCCGUACUUGUGCACCAGUCGCCGUUGCUGUACAUUUCGCUGCUCGCCAUCUUGAAAGCAGGCUCGGCCUUUUGCCCUGUAAACUUAGACGCACCUCCAGAGCGACUAAGAUUCAUUCUCGGCGAUGUUGCCGCACCACUGGUCCUCACCACCACAGCCUUGUCUGGAAAUAUUCCGGCCGUGGAUGGUGUCGAGAUUUUGUUGCUCGAUGAAUUCAUGUCACACUCAGAUUCCACUCUAAAUGGCGGUGCUUCGCUGCUACUGCCAGAGGCAAAGCCAACCGAUCUGGCCUAUGUCAUGUACACCUCGGGAUCUACAGGCACUCCAAAGGGCGUUGGUGUAAGUCAUGAUGCAGCUACACAAGCGUUUUACGCACACAACCAGCACAUUCCCGCCUUUGAAAAAUUCUUCCAAUUUGCAUCGCCAACCUUUGAUGUUUCCGUCUUUGAAAUAUUCUUUCCCCUUUUUCGCGGCGCCAUCCUCGCCAGCGCAGACCGGCAGCUUGUCCUCGACGACCUGGUGCAUGUAUUCAAAGUCAUGAAUAUAGACGCAUGCGAACUUACACCAACUGUUGCAUCUGCUCUAUUGCGGCUGCGAUCGAGAGCUCCGUCACUGAAAUUGCUCCUGACUAUUGGCGAGAUGCUCAAUCAGCAAGUAGUGCAAGAAUUCGGAGGCAGCGAAACGAGAAAGAGUCUAUUAUACGCCAUGUAUGGCCCAACAGAAGCAACAAUACACUGCACAUUACAACCCAACUUUUCCGCCAGCGCUUCGCGGCGAACCAUUGGUGUGCCUCUAGACACAGUCUCCUGCUUUGUUAUCCGUCCCGACGUCCCAUUUGAGCUUGUCCCACGAGAGGUUGAGGGUGAGCUAGCUGUUGGUGGCUACCAAUUAGCUGAUGGAUACAUUAACCGCCCUGAACAAACAAGUGCCGUCUUUAUAGAUUCACCUUAUGGACGCGUCUACCGAACAGGAGAUAGAGCAAUCAUGCGCACAGAUGGAACACUCGAGUGUCUAGGUCGCCUAUCUAGUGGUCAGGUCAAGCUUCGCGGACAGCGAUUAGAGCUUGGAGAGGUCGAACAUGCCAUUAUGAAGACGCACGGCUGCCAUGGUGCUGCAGCUGCCGUUGUUGGAAGCAUAUUGGUCGCCUUUUGCGCUGUGGACUCCGAUGUCGAUGUGUCUGACAUUCUGCACAGCUGCAAUAGCUGGCUGCCUCGGUUCAUGGUUCCUGGCGAUGUCAUUGUCAUGGAGUCGUUACCCCGUCUCCCAAGUGGCAAGACUGAUGUGAAAGCAUUGGUGGCCGAUUAUGAGCAGCGACUUAAGGAGACGACAGCGACAGAUAUAGCCUUAAACGGCCACGACAUACUGACAAUACUGUCUGAAAUGGUCCAUUCAGUGGUGUCGAGGACCAUGACACCAGCUAUGGCAGGUAUUGACUCGCUCGUGGCUAUUAGAGUCGCAUCUCGGAUUCGUGCCGCAGGAUAUGACAUCUCUGCUCACCAGCUACUAACAUGCAGUCGGAUUGGUGAUUUAUGUAAUAUUACCAAAAGUAUCCCCAGCCAGAAAUCUGAGAAGCAGCAGCUUGUCCCUACUGAUGUCUCGGAUGCGAUUAUUACCGCCCAAUCGGCCGCGUUUGGCGAGAACCAGAUUGACAUCGUAUUACCAUGCACAAGCGUCCAGUCGGCGAUGCUGUCACAAUCUGCGCAAAACCCGGCGUCAUAUUGGAACUUGGUGGAAUAUGAGUUGAACACUUUGCUUCCUGUCGAAGCUAUCCGAGCUGACUUGAUUACUGCCAUCAAAGCCCACCAACUCCUCCGGGGCUCAUUCAUCAACCAUGAUGGUGGCUUCUAUAUUGUGGUUACAAAAGAAUUAGACACAAGCUGUUUAAUUACAACAACUACUGGCUUUGCUACACCACCCUCCACAUCUAUUCAGCGCCCUCUACAAAUACAAAUCGCGGCAGAUGGUCAUGGCUUUGCCCAUAAACUGCGUCUUGAUCUUCACCACGCGUUAUAUGACGGCUGGUCACUUGAUUUAUUCAUGUCAGACUUCUCUCAACUAAUUCAUGGGCAUGAUCUACCAUCUCGCCAUUCCUUCCAAUCCGUCUUUGAACAGGGUCCUAUUCAACCUCACGUUGAACAAACCACAUUCUGGGCUGAGUACCUCAUGGCGUGGGAAAAGCCUGCGGUUCCAAAGCUUGUACAUUCUAUUUCUUCCGACACUACACCCCAAAUUACACAGUAUACACUCCCACUUUCCCCAGAAAAGCUGAAACAGACUGCUCUACAAGAGGGUUAUACUGCUCAAUGCUAUUUCCAAGCGGCAUUGGCGAUGGUCUGGAGCUCCAUUUGCCAUGCGCCAGACUUGGUGCUUGGAUCUGUACUUUCCGGUCGUGAUGCGAACAUUGCAAACGUGGAAUACAUAUUUGGCCCUAUGAUCAAGACUCUUCCAUUGCGUCUCAUAAUACAGAAAGAGAAUACCAUUCAACAGUUGCUAGACAGCGUCCAGUCAAGCAACCUCAACCUCUUGGAGAACGCGAGUAUUCCUCUGACUGAGAUUUCUAAAAUCUCAGGCAUGGUAACUGGCGAUUCCAUGUUUGACGUCAUGUUUGCCUAUCAAGAAUCUCCAUACCCCUUGGAUCCUGCCAUUGGAAAGGAAACUCGCCACGUAGACUACACAGACACCAGAAUCAUUCUCGAAGCCAUCCCGAGCAAAGAUGACUUUACCUUGCAGCUAACAUAUCACUCCAACUUUUGUACUGACAGUCUUUCCAAGGAAAUACUUCAUCAAGUUGCUUCGCUUGUAUCCAAGUUUGCUGAAUCUUCACUUGGCCAAUCUCUGUCAUCUUUGAUGCGAGAUUUGCCCUGUGCGCAGUCCAUUUAUAACCAGCAGCCGACGACAAUUACGAGUCCCAGCAACUUGGCCCAGCUCGUUGAGAUUGCUAGCACGAAAUAUAGUGACGAAAUUGCUAUUGAAUUCUUUCAAUCUGCUUCUGCUACCAAUCCCAUUUCAACCACCAUAUCCUACACAGAACUCAACGCUUCUUCAAACCAAGUAGCACGCUGGCUUCAGAGCGAGGGUGUAAAUCCUGGCGAUAUUGUUCCCAUCAUCAUGGAAAAGUCCACCGAUCUGUACGUCAACAUAUUAGGCAUUGUCAAGGCUGGGUGUUCAUAUCUGCCCUUGCUCCCCAAUCUUCCCCUUGCGCGUAUGUCGGAAGUCAUCGCGCAAGCAGAGGCCACCUUUUGCAUCUGUGAUGCAGAAUCCGCAUCCAAAGUACAGGAAAUCGAAAGAGCAAAAGUCCUCGUACCAGGAACAGCGCCGCUUGCUACAUAUUCACAAGAAAAUCUCAAACUAGAGAUUGACAGCACACAACUGGCUUACAUUGUGUAUACAUCUGGAACGACCGGAAAGCCAAAGGGUGUUGCCGUCUCCCAUAAGAGCAUUGUCAGCAAUGUAAUUCAGCUCCAAGAAAUCUACCCAUCAGCUACUACUGGCCAAGGUAGACUGUUGCAGGCAUGCUCCCAAGCGUUCGACGUCUCUGUGUUUGAAAUAUUUCACGCAUGGCAAACUGGUAUGCGGUUAUGUGCCGCUGUUAAUGAUGUCCUGUUUGAAGAUCUAGAACAAGCUAUACGGGCUUUCCAGAUUACCCAUCUCAGUCUUACACCAACGGUUGCCUCUCUCAUUGCCGCUGAAAAUGUUCCCAGAGUGGAAUUCUUGGUCACUGCCGGUGAACCACUCUCUCAGCGAGUUCUUCAAAACUGGAAAGGCCGUCUUUGGCAGGGUUACGGACCUUCAGAGACUACAAAUAUUUGCACCGUCAAAAGAAUGACCGGUAAUGAGCAUAUGGAUCACCUCGGAUGGACAUUUCCCAAUACAUCCGUCAUUGUUCUUGAGGCUGGAGGUCAAGCAGCUCUUCCUGUAGGAUGGGUAGGAGAGUUCUGCUAUGGCGGCGAUCAAAUUGCAUCCGGAUAUCUGAAUAUGCCGGAAGUCACGGAACAAAAGUUCAUCAACCACGCUACCUAUGGCCGUCUAUAUAGAUCUGGCGAUAUGGGUCGAAUGCUAUCUGAUGGAUCGCUUGUUAUCCUUGGCCGUUUGGAUGACCAAAUCAAAUUGCGUGGCCAACGAAUUGAGCCUUCAGAGAUCAACAGUGUAAUAUCUACCAAUGAUCUCGUAGCCUCAGCUGAAACUCUGCUGAUGCGCGGAGGCUCCCAAUCGAGGGACAUGCUUGUCUCGUUUUACGUCGGAUUGCAAGAAUCAAGAGACUUUCAAAUGUUGGAAACGGUUCUAGAACUUAAUCAAGAGAUAUUUAGCCGUCUCAAGGCUACGCUGACCAGCUACAUGGUCCCAACAUAUCUCUUUGCGGUAUCGUGUCUGCCUUUAACACCUACAGGAAAGGUUGACAAGAACCGUCUCCGAGAGGCAGUACAUUUAUGUUCAAAAGAACAGUUGGCUGCGGCAUCUGGCGCUACAGAUUCCACUGAAGAUGAAUCCUGGUCAGUGCUGGAGACAUUGUUGGCGAGUGCGCUAUGCUCAUUGUAUAAUGUGCAUCGUGACGAGGUUCGCCGAUGGACUCUGUUUUCUACUCUUGGCCUAGACUCAAUAUCUGCCAUCAGAUUUGUUUUUCACUUGAAGGAAGCACUGCAUCUAUCUGUUUCCAUCUCCAUGAUUCUCCAGAAUCCGACUGUCGCGCAACUUGCCAUUGCCAUAGAUGGUCAAAGCAAUGGCAAAGAAUCAUCCGAGGUAGCGUUCUUUGAUCAAACUGCGAUGGAUGAUAUUCAAUCAAGGAGUCAAGAAAGGCUUGACAACAUCAUCUCCGUCAUGCCCUGCCUGCCGCUCCAGGGUGCUAUGCUUUCGCAGGGCAAGGAGCGCUACUACAACCAGAUCCUGCUCCGUCUACAUAUCGGCGAGGACUUGAUAAAGAAGCACUGGAACACUGUCAUUGAGCGACACGACAUCUUUAGGACACAUUUCAUCACGACACGAAGCAGCGCGUAUCCUAUUGCUCAAGUUGUAACCAAGACCGCAAAAGUGAACUGGGAACAUUUUGACGUGGAUGCUCUCUCACUAGAUGGGGUGAUUGCUGAGCAUAUGAAUAAGCUUCCAGACCCCGUAGAUUCCUAUGAGGCACCCUACUCUCUGGGAAUUAUUCGAUACCGCGGGUCAACCUUUCUUUCAUUUAUAUGCCAUCAUGCCUUGUAUGAUGGUGUAGCAAUGGAGAAUCUGUAUCGUGAGAUUGAGCAUCUAUCAAACGGCCAAAUCCUUGCCCCUUCGAUAUCGUCGGUACCAUUCUUGCAGCAGGCGCUUGAGCUUCCAUACGAUGCUGACGCAUUUUGGCAGUCGCAUUUUGAAGGAUACCAGCCAAUCUUCAUAUCUGCGAAGUCCGACAAACACAUUACAAGCCAAAGCUCGUCCUCCAUGUCUUUUGACACAACACUAUCAGAUUUGCAGUCACGGUGUAAAGAUCUCGGUAUCUCGUUGCUAUCUCUGUGCCAGUCUGCGUGGGCCAUGGUGCUUGCUGUGAUAUCUGAUUCAGAUGAUGUUUGUUUUGGAAAUGUCAUGAGCGGUAGAACUGUUGCAGUCGAGGGCGUUGAGAGAAUCUUGGCUCCGUGUUUUAAUACGGUUCCCGUCAGGAUGCAGAUCGAUGCAAGACAAACUCCAGUUGGCCUCGCACGCGCCUUUCAGACUCUAAACUCUAAACUUCUGAAAUAUCAGUUUACUCCGUUGAGACUGGUCAACAAAAUAACUAGGAAGCGGAACCUCUUUGAUACUCUGCUUCUUGUCCAGCAGCCAUUGACGGAUAUGGACAAAUCCGUUUGGACGCUGGAAGCUGACAAUGGUUCCAUGGAUGUCCCCAUCGUCUGUGAGGUUACGCCCUGUCCUAAUCUCAAUUCCCUUGUUGCUACUAUCCGAUAUGAUAUGGUAACAGUGACAAAUCCAGCUGCCUCCAAGUUAACCGAGUUGCUAAAGGCUGCUUUCCAAACCGUGCUCGAACAGCCUACAAACCGUAUACCACGUCGUAUGGAUCUGGCGUCUUCUUUACAAUCUGGUUUUGAAGAUUUCCAGACUCGCAAGGAUCGCUCAGAAGAUGUUCUGAGUAGGCAGGACGACGCGGAGAUGCUCGACUCUACUACUGAGUAUAAGACCGUUGUCGAUAUUCUUUCCAGUCUUGCCGAUGUACCGAGCAGCAGGAUACAGCCACAUACAUCCAUCUUCCAAUUAGGCUUGGAUAGUAUCAGCGCCGUCCAGAUUGCCUCUCAACUCCGCAGCCAGGGAUUCAAGGUUUCGUCAGCCGAUAUUAUUGAGCUUCAGAAUGCCCAUCUCAUUGCAAAGAAGCUGCAGCAAACCCCUAUAUUACUUGAUGACAACACAAUAGGAUAUGACUUUGCAGCAUUCAACACGGCAGUACAGUCGCAGAUCCAAGCAGCCAUUUCUCAAACUGCAAACACAGCAGAUGUACUCCCAGCGACUCCUAUGCAAUGCUCGAUGUUGUCUCUCUCUGCGACAUCCGAGAACUUCUCUUACAUUAAUGUCAUUACUACUCUCUGCAACUCCGGUAUAACAGCAGACGAAUUGAGACAGGCCUGGUUUACGCUUGCAAACAAGUUGCCUAUUCUACGGGCCGGGUUUGUCGAUGUGCGCCAUCCAGAUACUACUCAUGCCAUGGUACAAUACAUACCCUUUGACGAGUUGAGCUCGAAUAGCAUCACCGAACUUACCGAGGGUAGCAUUGAAGAUGCGAUUCUCUCUGCCAGAAAGUCUAUACAAUCAGAUCUAACACAUCCGCCGUGGAGAGUAAUCCUUACGAACACCAAUUCGGAGCAGAUUACAAUGGCACUCGUCAUCCACCAUGCGUUGUAUGAUGCAUCAUCACUCAAGUCUAUCAUGAUGGAUCUAGACAAUGCUCUUACUAUGACACCUAUCUCAGACCCUCAACCGAUACGCAGCGGUCUCUCCGAGAUGUUGCAGUGGGCAAACAACAGCAGCUCUACAGAAGCCGAGACAUUCUGGACCUCAAAGUCAGAUAGCAUAGCCAUCACGAAAUUCCCAACAAUGACACCGCUGAGAGAGGCAUCUUCACGAAUUCUCACUACCGAAUUUACCACUUCCAAAACCAUUGGCCAGCUACAAACGUGGGCCACAGCAUGCGAAUCCACCAUACAAGCCUCUAUUCAAGCAGCAUGGACUCGAGUUCUUUCAUCCUACUUGGGCGAGAAUGCCGUGACAUUUGGUCAAGUGCUUUCCGGUCGUGUCACAGAAUCGACUGCUCAGACCCCACUGCCUUGUCUCGCUACUAUUCCGAUUAUUGUUCAAAAUAUGUCGUCAAACAGAGAACUGCUACAAGCCACUCUCUAUUACAGUACCGAGAUCCAAAGAUAUCAAUUUUCCCCUUUGCAGAAUAUACAAAAGUGGCUUGGUCAUCCGGCUACUGCGCUCUUUGAUACGGCCAUUGCUUAUCAACGUCUGGCCAAUGAAUCUAGCAAGCCAACGUCUUGGACCGUUAUUGGUGACGAUGCUGCAGUGGAAUUCCCAAUCUCGCUAGAAGUGGAAGCAAACGAUGACUCUGCUGAGGCGUUCUUCAUUAUGCGUCUAACAUUCAUGGAGAACGUCAUGCCGAUGGAGCAGGCCCAGCUCAUGGUUCAACAGUUUGAGGCUAGUUGGGUACAUCUACUGUCCGAGCCCGACCAGACACAGGACGAUCUCUUCCAAUAUGCCCCUCACGUCUUUGCCAUUACAAACCCCAAGAUUCCCAUCAUGAGUGCGCCAGUGACACUUCUGCACCAAUUUGUAGAGAUUGCUGCAGCCUCGACCCCGGACAAUAUCGCACUUGAAUAUGUCGUCGAGCUGGACGACGAUGUCUGCAAAACCAAGACAUGGACCUAUCAGGAGCUCAACUCCAAUGGCAACAAAAUCGCUCACCUUCUAUCUCAGCACACGAACCCCGGAGAUAUAGUGGCCAUUCAUUUUGAUAAAUGUCCCGAGGCAUACUUCUCCAUUCUUGGUAUUCUCAAGGCUGGAUGCGGCUUUGUGGCCCUAGAUAUCAACGCUCCGAAUAGUCGCAAGGAGUUUAUCCUCGGAGAUUCACAAGCUCCGUGCAUGCUAUCCCUAGCUGCCAUUGAUUUUCAAGUGCCGUCGAGUUGCAACAUCUUGAAAAUCGAAGAGUCUGGGCUAUCAGACUUACCAAGUACAGCACCCAUCAUAGAUAUCGCACCAGAGAGUACCUGCUAUUGUCUGUAUACUUCUGGUACUACUGGUACCCCCAAAGGCUGUCUCAUUUCCCACGAAAACACAGUGCAAGCCAUGAUGGCAUUCCAGGAACUGUUUGACGGCCACUGGGACGCAGAAUCGAAAUGUCUACAGUUCGCAUCCCUUCACUUUGAUGUCUCCGUCUUAGAACAGUAUUGGAGCUGGGGAGUUGGUAUUACCAUGGUUGCUGCGCCCAAAGAUUUGAUUCUGAACGACAUCACAAGAUCCAUCAAUGCCCUCAACAUUACCCACAUUGACUUGACCCCAAGUCUAGCGCGACUAGUCCACCCAGAUACAGUCCCAAGCCUAUGCAGAGGCGUCUUCAUCACUGGUGGCGAGCAGCUGAAGCAGGAGAUUCUCGACGAUUGGGGCCCAGCCGGUGUGAUUUACAACGCAUAUGGCCCAACAGAGGCUACCAUUGGCGUGACCAUGUACCAGAGAGUUCCGCAGAAUGGUAGGCCGAGCAAUAUUGGAAGACAAUUCUCCAACGUUGGUUCCAUUGUAGUGCAAAAGGAUACCGAAAAGCCAGUGCUACGAGGAGGCGUAGGCGAGCUCUGUGUAUAUGGCAAGCUUGUCGGUACUGGAUACCUCAAUAGACCAGAGCUCACAGACGAAAAGUUCCCAACUUUCAAGGAUUUGAAUGAACGGGUCUACAGAACAGGUGACAUGGUUCGCAUCCUACAUGAUGGAUGCUUUGAUUUCCUUGGUAGAGCAGAUGACCAAGUCAAACUUCGCGGUCAAAGACUGGAGAUUGGCGAGAUUAACCAUUGCAUUCGAAGCCACUGUCCCUCUAUCCAAGAUGCUGCAACGAUUGUUGUCAAACACGGUACCUCUGGUAAAGAUGUGCUUGUCGCGUUUAUCGUCAGCAGAACAACCAACACUUCCAGCAAAGACGUCUACACCAUGGCAGACGAAAAUGGUCUCCUUGCUGAGGCCCGCACCGCAUGCCGUGAUAAGCUUCCUGGCUACAUGGUUCCGACUUUCUUCAUCCGAAUUUCGCGUAUUCCGCUCUCUGCCAACAACAAACUCGAAGCCAAAGAACUUCGCCAGCUAUUCCUGAACCUUGAUCAACUCGAGCUUAUGAGUUUAACAAGCACGCAAAGCCAAUCAACAUCAAGCAUAUCUACAGUCCUUGUCAAACGCAUUGCUGAAUUCACUAGCAUGGACGCCGCACUUAUCACUGCAGAGACUAGCCUAUUCGACUUGGGAUUGGAUUCUAUCUCAAUUGUACAACUCGCUAGAUAUCUCAGGCAAAACGGCUUCCCCAGUGCCACGCCGCCGCUUUUGCUCAAGAACUCCAUGGUCGCAGAUACAAGCGCCGCCUUGCAAAAAGAUAUUACUCAGGGCAGAUCAGCAAAGGUCCAACAGACACGGCAGAUGAUUCGAGCCAAAUUCCACAAGUAUUUACCCGCUGCGCAUGCUGCUUUGGGUAUUGGUCCCGACAGGAUUGAGUACAUUUGCCCGUGCUCAGGCCUUCAACAAGGAAUCAUUGCUCGAAGCAUGAUUGCAUCGCAGUCAGGAGCGUAUUUUAACUCUUUCCAUCUUCAUCUUACCAACGGCGUUGAUCUCACACAGUUGAAGCAGGCGUGGGAGGCUCUGAUUGCUGAGGAAGCUAUUCUUCGAACGUCAUUUAUACAUACUUCUGAUGGCUUUGUCCAGGUGGCAGAAAAGAACAAAGACCUGUUCUGGGAAGAGACGGAAUUGGAUAAAUCUACUACAUCAUUGGAUAACGUCAUUGAGGAAUACCGUACACACUGGAUCGCCUCGAAUCAAACCGUCAUCGUCUCCCCUUUACGACUACUCCUUGUCAAGCAUUCCGACAAGCGCAUUCUCGUCAUUUUCAUGCAUCACUCGAUUUACGACGGUAAAUCUCUUGACACGAUGCUGAGAAGAAUUUCAAAUAUUAUGAAGGGCCAGACUCCUCUACCUGCACCUUCGUUCUUGGAUGCAUUGAUCCACGGACCACUUACCAGCGAUACAUCAGCAGAGCCUCGCUGGAAGAGUUACCUUGCAGGCUGUGACUUUAGUGCUAUUGAUUCUCCGCCAUCGUCUGCCGACAAAAUGCCCAUCAGUAUCUCCCGAGAAUUAAACAUAUCUACACUGGAGGACUUGAGAAAGAAGUACAAGGUCACUCUCCAAUCCAUUGUUCUUUCGCUAUGGACAUCUGUCUUUUGGAAACGGUUCGGUGGUAAUCAAAGCAUCGGCAUCGUCUUGUCCGGUCGAUCUGUCCCUGAUAUGAACGUUGAUGAUACGAUUGGCCCUAUGUUCAACACCCUUCCCUUCUUCCCCAAAGCUCAAGUCGCUCAAAGUUGGGAUGCUCUGAUACAAGAAUGCCACCAGUUUAGUAUUCUGGCCUUGGAGGAUGAACACGUCUCCCUCAAGAAUAUCCAAAAGUGGUGUUCCCAUGGAUUGCCGAUAUUUGAUACGCUAUUCGCCUACGAAGUUGAUAACACGGACAAUGAUUCGGAUGUACCUUGGACUAUUGGUCCUAGCAGCGGAGCUAUUGAUUAUCCUCUUGCUUUUGAGGUCAUUAAUAUGCAGAAUCAUGCUCUCAAGCUUACGCUGGCCACUACGCUAUCCUUCAUUGACAAGUCUACAGCAGAGUCGAUUCUAGAUGACGUUGAAGAAUCCAUCAAUGACAUUCUCGCUAACAGAUUUGUUCCCAUUGUCGUCUCUAGCGAGCCAGAAACGCCAGAUGAACUCGCACAGACACCUACUGACAACGAAUCGUCCUUUGUUCACAGCGAAACAUCACUCAUCAUCCGUAGCCAACUUUCCCUUAUCUCUCGCACGCCAGAAGAUGAAAUCAAAGCAACAACCCUUUUCACUGAGCUUGGCCUGGAUAGUGUCGAUAUUAUCCAGCUUGUUGGACGCCUAAGAAAGCACGGGAUUUCUUUGACUGCGACAGCUGUACUCAAGGCGCAGUCCAUUGCCAACAUGAUGUCCAUGCUUGACAGAAACCACCUCACUAGCAAUUCUUCCAACUCAUCUAGCUGGUCUGAGAUGCAAACCAUACUGAAUGACUUGCUCACAAACGCCGGAUCCGACAUCGAGCAAAUUCUGCCUGCUACCUCUGUUCAAGAGUCAAUGAUUGCAGGCAUGCUGGAUUCUGACUUUGCCUACUACUUCAACCAAGCAGUGUUUAAGCUGUCAGAUGGAGUUGAUGUGGAUAAACUCAGCACGGCCUGGUUACAGCUCGUUGAUCAGUGCCCUAUUCUCCGUACUGGCUUCUCCCAAGUUACAGAUGCACGUCUAGAUAUGGCUUACUGCCAGACAAUCUACCAGCCGUCCGUCUUCAAACCGCGAAAAUUGAAGAUUAGCGACCGCGCUGAGAUCAAUACGCUUCUAUCACAAGAUAAAGGACUGGCCAUUCUGGGUUGUGGUGAGCGCGACCUGUUCCAAGUCACGUUUGCCGUGCUGGGCGCGCAAAAGUAUAUGAUUGUUUCUCUGUGUCAUGCACUCUACGAUGGGUGGUCCUUGGAUCUCAUAUACAGCAGUCUUACCGCGCUGUACAAUAAUCAACAGCCCGAGCUGAACCAUAACACCGAAGCGCUAUUCCUAGCCCACGCACACAUUGACAAGGAAGCAAAUCGCGAGUUCUGGAAAGGCCAUCUGAGCAAUCUACAGCCCAGUCUCAUUGAAUCUCUCGUGGAUAUGGAUCUCCCCGUCGAUGGGCCACACCGUGAAGAACACGAAGCGUCACUACCCUUUUCCCAGCUUUCUUCAUUUUGUAAAGACCACAGAAUCACUUUACAGACGCUCUGCCACGCAGUCUGGGCUUCUGUCCUUGCUAAGCAUACGUCUUCGCUCGAUGUAUGCUUUGGCAUUGUCCACUCCGGAAGAGAUUUCGAAGGUGCAGAAACUCUGGUCUUUCCUACCAUGAAUACGCUGCCAUUCCGAUGUGUCAUUCAUGGAACUGCCGCCACCUUCUUAGCAUAUCUCGAAGAGACGAUGCAAGAGAUUCGCCAGUAUCAGUCAUAUCCGCUCCGAAAGGCCCUGUCUGCCGCAGAAGUGACAGGAGCAGACUCAUUCAACACGCUGUUCAUGUUGCAAAAGACCCAAUCCGGCAACCAGAGCCAACCUCUCUUUACCGCGAUUGAUGGAACCUCCGCUGUUGAAUAUCCCGUCUGUGCAGAGGCCGAAGUAGUUGACGAUAAGCUGGUUUGGCGUGUCGCAUGCCUAACUGGGAAUACAUCUUCUGAGAUGGCUGCCACGAUAAUUGCCGAUCUCGAGCACGCCCUUCACUCUAUAGUGACUGAUCCAAACACUGAGAUGCUAGAUUUCACUGUCACUGGGGCUUCUAUUCUCGGCUGGCCAGAGUUUCAACUAGAAGAUACUCUCCAUGUAGAUACACAGGCAAAGAACAUCGAGGCCAACCCCGCAUUCGAAUGGUCAAAAGACUCUCUCGCCAUCCGACAAGUUCUCAGCCAAGUCUCCAACAUCGAAGUUGAGGCUAUUGAACCAACUUCGAAUUUAUUCCAGCUUGGCCUUGACUCCAUCAGCGCCAUCAAAGUCUCAUCACUGCUGAAAGGUCAAGGCAUCAAGCUGAAGCCUAGAGAUUUGAUCAAAGCCACCAGCAUUGCAGACAUGAUAUCGGCACUUGCUAUAGAUCACAUGGAUUCUGCACCGAUUGCCAACACAUCAGAAACCACCUGGGUCGUACCUGAUACAAUCAACAUUGAUAACAUUCUCGCCAAGUUCUCAUUCAUGCAGGAUCAUGUUGAAGCCGUUCUACCAGCUUCUGCACUACAAGUCUACAUGGUCAACAGCUGGGCUAAUAACCUUGGAAAUGUAUUCUAUCCGACAUUCACAUACCGGCUUACUGCAGAAACAACGAUUGCUCAAAUCACGAGCGCAUGGGAGGAGGUUGUCAAGUCCACACCCAUGCUUCGAACAGUUGUUCUCCCUACUGCCAACGAAAACACGCCUAUGAUCCAAAUUAUUCUCAAAUAUGGAGCAGGCAAGCCGACACCCUUCGUUGCAUUCUCGGUGGAAGCAGCCAACGAUGGCUUUGAUAUCUCUAUUCGCAUCCACCACGCGCUAUACGACGCCAUUAGUUUGGAUACAAUCAUCUCCCGUCUACGUCAAGCAAUACAAUCACAGCUCCCUUCAAUCAACAGUACACUUGGCCGUUGGGCCGUCCACAUCCUUCACACUCGUUCCAAGAAGCAGAAAUCAUCAACCAAGGCGUUCUGGUCAAGCUAUCUCGCCAAUGUAUCUGCCAACGAAUAUCCUCUUAUCAAUAUUCAGCAACGCUCUGAGAGAGUCUCCCUAUUUAUCAAGGGAGCUGUUGCCGAUGCCACUCGACUUCAGCAAACAGCAUCCCAGAAUUCUUUGUCCAUUCAGUCGUUGCUAUUUGCCGCAUACGCUCGUCAAACAUCCGCCGCAAAACAAGUCGAUAACGGUUCCGCUGUCGUUAUCGGCAUUUACAUGGCCAACCGCGCAAAUAGCACAGACGAGCUAAAUACAUAUCCGACAUUGAAUCUCAUCCCACUAAAGGUCGUCAAUAAAUCAGAUCUGGUGUCCAUGGCGUCCCAAAUUCAGGCAGACCUACUCGAUAUAUCUGCUGAACAGAGAGCACACGUCAGCCUAUACGACAUAUACAGAUGGACAGGCGUCCAAGUUGACAGUUUUGUCAAUUUCUUGCCAUCCCCAACAGAAGAUGCUCCGGCAGACUCUUCAUUUUCGAUUAUAGAGUCACCUCUGGAUACUCCAGACCUAGUGACUAAACAAGACACUCAGCUAUGCCGGGCCUUUUUAGACAACAGCUGUACCUCCAACGCCUUCCCUUAUGCAUUAGACGUGGAAGCAUGCAUUCGUGAUGGUGCCAUGGACAUUGGUGUCUUUGGCCCAUCUACAAGAAUUACCAGCCCCGAAGCUCAAACCCUAAUUACCGAGCUGGUUGAGAUUCUUCACAAUCUCUAGACAAAGGGAUUAUCAUAUACGGAGUUCUUCAUUUACUGUUUCACUUUUCUUGCAUUUUCAUUCUCAUUAGAGCGUUGCUUUUGCAUCAUCAUCAUUGUCAUUUCUUUGCUGUCUAUCAUUUAGCUCAAUACAUUCAGAUAUACCGCCAUUUUCUCUUCCCUAUAUACAUCUACCACAACUAUCCAAUAGCUGCUUUAUCCGGAAACAAAAUAACAUUGGCCAGCCGCAGAACCUCCGUGUCUGCCGUGGACAUUGUCGUAGCGCUGCUCGGACUGUCAUAUGUCCGCUCAUCAUCCCCGUCGCCAUUAGUAGCCGUCCAUCCCUUUUCAAACCACGGGAGCGUGGCAUUCUCUUCUUCCCAGAGAGCAAGGCCCAUCGCACGCAGAGCGGGUUGUCCUCCAACAGCAGCAAUUUCUGCUUGAUCGGGUCGAAUGUCAUCGCUCUCGGUCUGGUUAUUGCUACCAGACGAGUCGAAAUCAGGCCCAGGGUGGCCGCGCUGAUACGAUUUACGCUGUCGAGCUAGAUACAGCGCGCUUGUUUGAGUAAGUGGUGCUGCUGGCACAUAGACGAGCAUGCGCGCGUCGUCAAACCAGUGCGCUGCUGUCUGCGGCGUCUCUACGCCAGGCAUGCUCUCGCCAGAAGACAGGUGAUAAGGUAGAUCCGGGUGCCACAGGAUAUAGUCGCCGGGCUUCAGUGUCGGCAGAGUAAUCAUACUGCUUCGGAGCAUAAGAUGCGGGUGCCAGCGUUCUGUAACGCGCUGGGCGUGGCCAGGUACCGCGCCGUGAAUGACGGGGUCAGGAUUGCGGUUCAGCUUCCAGUUAGAUGGCGACAAGUACGCAUCCCAAGCUUCAGCAUAGCCUGGGUGGUUGGCAGAUAUCCACUCCGGGGCAGGAUGUGUCGGCUCAAAGAAUGGCCGCAGUAAAUAAUAUGCCGUCGCGAGCUUGGGUGAAGGAAGCAGUCGAAUCAUACCUGGUUCGACAGAAGACAGAGCAACUACGCCCUGGAACAUGCGAAAGAUGGUACACGCGCCGUAGCCGUUAUAAAGAUCCAUGUUGGCAGAUACGCGGCACGCGCUACGCCACGGAUCAUACUCUUCCCAUCUCCCUUGGAAGAUGGAGGAAUACGUCCCUGCUCGCUGAUACCCAUCCGGUUCCCAUCGCUCCAGAGAUCCAUUGUCGACUUGUGCUGUGAUGCCAGCAGAAGACUGAAGCGCACUGAUCCAGUCGUCGGCAGACUGAGGAACAGAUUCCUUGGGCAGCGUCCCCUUCUUGCUGCGCUGGUCGCCAACCUUGGCAGCCGGUGCACUAGCUCCAGGGCCAUAGAUACGGAUUCGAUCGGCAUAUGUUAUAGGAUGUUGAGGGGCCAGAGGGUCAUCGGCGCGUGUCUCCCAAAGGCUCAUCAUGAAGCGCUGCGCAAGACGGAUAUUCGGAUGUGCUCGCGUGCGAACCUGCGCCGGUGUCCAAAACAGGUCAAAGCAGGCCGGGUCGUGCUUUGGUGCGUGGAAGUGUCCGUACCGAUCGCCAUCGGCGUCUUCUCUGGGUGAGUUGACACUAGACGAAGGCUGGUCGGCUUGGCCUCUAACCGGCACAGAGGGUGCGCGUCCUCGCCGGCUCUGUACGUCAAUAUAUCGAAUGGUAUCUUGUACCGAGGCCUCAAUGUCUGCUUUGGGCACAACCUUUCGAAUUACGCCGACUCCAUAUCGGCGCAAGUCGCGACCAAACCGCGAUGUUUGUGAGGGAUCGCUGAGAUCCGCAAAUUCAAUCGACGGAAUCAAAUGUGCCCCCAGGCCCUCAAUCUGAUCGACAUCAGCACGUAUGGCAGCUAGUAGUCUCGUCCAGCUAGCCUCCAGUUCGGUCUCAUGUCCAGCAAUGAGAUUCUUCUUAAUCCUAGCAAAUCUGGAGGGCAGUGGAACCGGAUCAGGUCCCCAGAAGGAGAGAGCCCUGGUAGCAUCGCUGCUUGGUGGUGUCGCCGUCCCCGGCGUCCUCUCUGGUUCCGUUCUUCUUGGUCGCGCUACCUUGUAUGGUGAGGGGUGAUCUGAAGCCGGCGCGCUCCUUCUAAGCGAAGUCUGUUUGGCUUCUUGACGGGCCUGCAUCAGUUUCGCAGCCAUCGAAGGCGCAACGUGAGCAGGCGGCGCGAUCCGAGUGGUUGAUCCAUCGAGGAUAACCUUUCUGAGGCGGGCCGUAUCAUCGUCUCUGCUGCUGCUGCUUGAAGACAUUAUGAGACGGCCUGUAUUGAGUAGAGUGCGCUGUGUGAUGUACGUUUGUGUGUUCGGCAACUGGUUAUAAUGUGUCGCUUGCUUUCUUGUUGCUAUCUUUCCGUGAGAGCGCUAUCGGCGCCAUACGACUUGAAAGGCAUUCGGCAAAUAAGAAACUCUAGAAAGCUCUUUUUUAUGUGACCGAAUAAGGAUAAAGUUUCUUGCGCAACGGCGCAAAGUGGCCAAUAAGAAAGGUGAGAAGGCGAAAGUGAGGGUGGCGUGAUGUCGCCGGGGAAAGCGGGUUAGAGUUUGGCUGUGGGCGGGCUUAUCGCCG